UAUGUGUAUAUAUAUGUAUAUAAAAGGGGGUGAUAUGAAGAAGUAAAGGUUACCCAGUAGCAAUGGAUCAAUACAAAGGUUCAGAUGUGGACAAGUACAGAUGCUUCAUGAGUGGGGAAGGUGAGAAGAACACCACAUGGAAGUUGGGUGCACCUCCAAACUUUGAUGUUGUCAACAAGCUCUUUGAAGAAGGCAGAACCAAGAUUUGGCCCACAGGUUCAUUGGAAGAGCAAGUUCAGAAUCUUGUAAAGACAUGGGAAAUGGAGUUAUUCCACAAAGUGAAACCCAAAGAUUUCAAAACUGUUGAUGUCACAAAGUUGACAGUUUCUGUUAAUGGCAGGAAACCUUUGACACGAGAAGGGAUAGCCAAGAUAGGUGGAGGAUACAAUAUGUUUCUUCAAACUUCGUUGCCAGAACAGCUACGACUGUAUAAUCCUAAUGACGAAAAUGCGGAUUCGGCUCUCAAAAUCUUCACCACCACAUUUCCGCGUGGUUUUGCUGUGGAGAUUSUCCAGGUUUACUCGGGUCCUCCGGUGAUUGUGUACAAGUUCAGGCAUUGGGGUUACAUGGAAGGUCCAUUCAAAGGUCAUCCGCCAACCGGAGAAAUGGUAGAAAUGUUCGGCAUUUCUACAAUGCAGUUGGAUGAACAGCUCAAGAUCGUAAAGGUGGAGUUCUUCUACGACAGAGGAGAGCUGCUUGCGGGUCUGAUCAAGGGUGCAGGUGCAACCACUGGCGGUGAUUCCAUCACCGCUGGGGCGUCUUCAAGCUGCCCGUUUUCUUAAAAGAAUGCACCAUUUGCUACACAAAUGAAUAAGGGAUAAACAGAAUUAUGUUUCUUGUUAUUUUUCUUUGUACUGUGUCUUCUGAGACAUGUUGGAAAUCUUUACGUAUUUCAUGGUUGUAAACCCUAAUUGUAUCAUCUAUUUAUGCAUUUACGUUUUCGAGAAAACCGUAACUGUAUUAAAAACAGAGUUA